CCCAGCCAUGUGACUGAGCGCUCCCUGCCCCGAGUGAAACUUCCCAGCCCGCAGGAGAGCUGGGUUCGCUCCGCAGCCGCUCCCCGGGAGAAGCAGCGCCUCUCGCAGCCGUGCUGGCCAUGGGGAGGAGCGCACGGCAGCUCAUCUCGCUGACCCUCGCCUGUGCAUUGUCCUCCUGCUUUGCUGAAGUGGCCCUGGGGGUCGAACUGUCUCCAGAAACCACAUCCUUCCACCAAAUGGCUACUUCUGCUCAGCUACUUUAUCAUCCUUCACCCCAUCAAAACACCCCACUUCGUUUUAACAGCACAGGCCCUCUUCAGACAACACCCAUGAGCCACAGAACAGCUGAGCAGACAGCUGAACAGCUCCAGGCAACAUCAGCUCCGGGCCAGCACACGGCAGCCGGGGCAGGAGCAGGCACCGUGUCCACAACAGCCGCAGACAACCCCAGCACGGCCGGCCAGGUCACGACACCGGCAAUACCCUCGGUUACAGCUGCAGGGAAGAGCACAACCUCUCCCUCUGUGUACUCCAGCAGACAUGGGAGCAGACCACGUGUGAGCACAGGAACCGCAGCAGCGGCCACCAACACCUCCCUGAAGCAGGAGACAGCAAGUACCCAGGGGACAGGUGCCACCUCCGCCGCUGCAGCUGGCAGCACACGGUCACAGAGACAAACAACAGCCACUGGCGGCCCAACAGCCACGGCUGUGACCAGCACAGCCACCCAUGCAGGGACACAAACAGCCCCCACAUCCCCUGGCAGCACAGUGAGACCCCCUCCCACCCCGCAGCCCCCUGCCAUCCCCACAGGCACCUACACCCUUUCCGAUGGGAACGGGACCUGCGUCAAAGUUGUCAUGGGCCUGCAGCUGAUGGCUCGAAACACACAACAGGAACAGAUGGAAUAUUUGACUGUCAACCCCAAUGCAACAAAGAUAUCUGGAAGCUGUGGGAUCGUGCAGUCUGAGCUGAAUUUAACUUUUAGUGGAGGAUUUGUAAACAUCACCUUUGAAAAGCAAGCUCCAAGUUACUCAGUCACUAAAAUUGAGAGCAGAAUACAGUUAUCUUCUGAAGGUAUGCUUUACUAUGCAGCACUAAAUAAGAAGCUGUUCACAACAAAGCUGGGGAAUUCCUUUAAGUGUGCCAGCAGGCAAACCUUCACCUUGGAGAGGAACUUCCAGAUCCUCUUUGUUCAUAUGCAGCUGCAGGCGUUUGACAUUGUGGGUAACCAGUUUGGAAAAGAAGAAGAAUGUUUUCUGGAUAGAAACAGCAAAGUAGCUCCCAUUGCAGUGUGCCUGAGUAUCCUGGGAUUGUUUGUCAUUGUGUUUGCCACCUUCCUGAUCUCCAGGAGGAAACCACAUAGAGGAUAUGAACGCAUCUGAGGUGCCCUUGUGCUUCCAAAUGUAUGUUACAAGCAGAGAAAUCACAGGAGUUUUUGCUUCUGCCUGGCAAUUUCCCUGCCCUGGAGCCACAUUUUAAAGUGAGAUGACACCAUGUGUUUACAGCUAAUGAAUGUUUCUGGAAGGAGUUUCUUUAAGGUGGGAAGGAGAAAACUCACACCUUCUACUUUAGGCUAUUCUUAGCCUCUAAUUUAGAUGUAGUCCAAAAUGAGGAGCCUAAAUUCUUUCUUAUCAACAAAGGAGUUCAUUCAGAUCACCUAAGCUAGAUUCCUAAAAAUAGCUUAAAGGAAGCAGUAUCACUAUCCUCCAGAAAAUCCAUCAGGUUUGUUAAUAAUGGUGAUGGUGGUUAGAUUUAUCAAAAGAUGUAAGUCUGACCUUCAGCUGAAUAAAUCAGAGGCCCAUAGCUACAGACAACCCUGCUAGUGAGAGCUCACUGAAAGCUUUUAUUGGAACACAGUGUGUGCCAAAAUCUCAGGGGAAGUGUCAGUGUGAUUCUACUCACAAGCAACUUCUCACCAGUCCUACAACACAGUUACCUUUCCUAAGUGCCUGGGAUUCUCCUGCUAAGCCCUUUGCAAAGACACAGUGGUAAUUGUGACUCUUGCAAUCACUCUCCUGGAGCUUAGUAUGUUCCUGGUCUUGUGAGAGCUCAGGAAUCCCCCACGUGCUGUUCAGACACAGACCUGUCACAGUGACCACACUGAGCACAGGAGAUGUCCUCUACUGUGGCAGCAGGGUAGUCUCUUAAUCCAGGAAGAUGCCACACUCACUGGAAAUGGCCUGGGAUUAAGUGACUUUCACUGGAGCACCUGCACAAGGUCCAUGAGAAAUGGAAAUCCACUGAUGCUGUAUGGUCAAGGCUUCUGUGGGAAAGAAAAGCUUGCACAGCCCUUCCCCAAAAGUCAGUGUUCUGCAGUGUGCUUACAGCUGAGCAGCUGGAUUUUUAUAUGGAAAUAAUUUGGAGUUGCUUUAAAGCACAGUGAUACACUCUGUAGUUAUUUCCUGCUAAACCAAUGAUGAAGGCAUGAGAAUAAUAAUUGCUUUUGAGAUUUAAGUCUGGCUCAUGUUCUUUGUUGUAACAAGGAAAAGCUCCUUGUCACAAAAGAUUUACAUGUGCAGAAAUGUACACGUGCACAUGCCUCACACUCUGCUCACUGAAGCAAAUGACAUCAAGAUGGUAAGAAAUUAUGUACAAAAACAUUUGCAAAAGAGAAAAUAAUAUUCAAUAAGAGCACACUUCCUUCAAGGAGUUAGGCUAAUGGCUUAAAUUUUACUAAUAACAGUUUGUGGAAUGGCACUCAUUAAACAAAAGAAAGACUGAAGUCAUAUGGAAAAAUGCCUUGACAGUUUAAUCUAUAUCUAAACAAAAUAGAAAUGCUGGGAACUAAUUUAAUUUCUAUGAAUAAUAGCCCAAAUCCUGCACAGUUAUUAAUGGUGAUGGAACCUCACUUGAUUUUCACUGAAUAAAAUUGAUGGUUAUGUUUUGUCAGAUAUUCUCUUAAGUAUUUUAUAAAUGGUUUUGAUAUUUUACUAGUAUUUCACCAUUGCAAGUUUACUUAUUUAAAUGAAGAAAGAAAAUAAAUUCUUCCAUGCUAUGAAUUAAUUAGAGAUGUUGGUCUGUGUGGAGCAGGAAACAUGGCUGUACUGCUCUAUAAUCAGUAUAAUGUGUAGCUGUGGAAGUAAUUAACAUUCUCUAGAAAUGUUCUCUUUGAGUCUGAAUGAACCAAUAAAGAAGAAAGAUAAAGACAAUUUUGAAGCACUUUUACACUUGGAGAAACAUCAGAACCAGCUGUGAGCACAGGAACUUUUGCUUUAUGUUAAUAUUCAGUCUUUUAAAAAGGUCUGAUAUCACUAUAAGGACAGAAAAUAGUUACUAAUGUCUGCUAAUUCUGUGGUAAAUAUUGUGAGAUGUGGCAUUUUUACUUGUGAUGCAUGAAUAAUGUUCUUCCUCAUAGUUUUUUUUUCUUUCUACAGUGAAUCAACCUGUUGGUAUUGAACAAUGUUUGGAUUCAGUUUUACAUGAUUUGUUCUUCUGCUUUUUCUUGCUAUUUUUUGUUUGCUAUUUUUAUGAAGCUGCAUUCUGCCAUUUGUACACGAAUGAUACUCUGGGCUUGCUCUCACUGGCACACGUGAAGUGCACGUGGUGCAAACCAAUGAAACAAUUGGAUGCUCCCAGGAAAUGCUGCCAACAUGCAGCAAAAUUAAUCCAAUGGAGUUAGUGCUUUAUAGCAGUAGAGUGUUCAUUGGAGAAAUCCUUACUGCAUCAGGAGAUCCCAGCCUUGAAGUGCAACCUUCCUGCCAGCUGUGGCCCAGCCUGCAUCCUGUUACCUCCAUCCCUGAUCCCAAAACCCAACCAGCCUGCAGCAGGAAUGCAUGUCAGCACAGCAGGGAGUGUUGCCUCUCCAAGUCUAAUGCUGAAUUAGAAUCAGACAGCUCAGCUGCUCCCUGAGCUGCCAUGUGCAGUUCUAAAAGCUGAUGCCUGUGUUUGCUUUCUGCCAGAAUUUAGGAAUAUAUUUAGGUGGUACUUUUUUAUCUGGUGGAAUGGCUUUGAGGUCUCCCUCCCACUGGGAAGACUCUCUAGGGGUAAUUAGUCUCGGUGUUGCCAGACUUGCUCUUUUAAACAUCUUGUCUGAGGAAAUGUUUUGAGCAAAAAGUCCCUAAAAGAACACCAUACAAAAGGAAAAUAUUUGGUAAACACACUAGGUGGGCCAUAAAGGCUGUACCAUGGAGCAGCAGGGCAGUUUUGUCUGCUGGGUGCGGAGACAAGGCUGCAGCUGGGUCCCAGAGUGACUCAGCAGCCCCAACUCACUUCUUCCCCCAGCUGCAGACCCAGACCAACCCAUCCCUGAACCAGAAGAUGCUGAUCAGGGAGAUCUGGUGCACUGAUGACAUGAUGCACUGAUGAUGUGAUGCAUCCACCAGGGAAUCAAAGCUUAACUUCUGUGCAAGCAUGUGCUGGUCAGGAGGCUGUGGGGCCAUCACAGGGACUAGGAGGUGAGCACAUCCCUACAUCCCCAUGUCCCCACAUCCCUAUGGCUCCCUGGUGCCCUGCUGCAGCUCCCGUGCCAGACAAUCCCCUGUGGUCUCUCGCACACCCAAGAAAGAAUGAGGGCAUCCCAGAAGCAUGAUGAUGUCACACUUAGACAAGUAACUGAGGAGUUUAAAAAACGAGGUUUAAUUUCUUUCAGUCCUUUUUGUUCUCUCAUGGACAAGUGCAAAUUAAGAAACAGCUGUUAAUUCAGUUGAAAGAGGAAGGGAGAUUAGAUUGGCAUCUUGAGUAUCUGAACAUGGCUUGGCUGAUCACUUCUAGCUUGCUAUAAUGUAUGGCUGCUAAAAAUAACUUGCUAUGAGAAGUAAGAUAUGCUCUUUAUUUUUCUCUUGUUGGUGUUUUCAUAAUAAAGGCUGUAUUUAACCAUUA